AGCGAGCCGGUUGUCCCUCUGGUCCGGUCCCAACCUGGGCUUCGGGCCGGUGCUGCGCCCUCACGGUUCUUCUCCCCAGAGCCCGCGGCGGGCCCGGUGUCGCCAUGGGGGAGCUGUUCCGCAGCGAGGAGAUGACCCUGGCCCAGCUGUUCCUCCAGUCCGAGGCCGCGUAUUGCUGUGUCAGCGAGCUGGGCGAACUGGGGAAGGUCCAGUUCCGCGACCUGAACCCGGACGUGAACGUUUUCCAGCGCAAGUUCGUCAAUGAGGUGCGGAGGUGUGAGGAGAUGGACCGAAAGCUGAGGUUUGUUGAGAAGGAGAUUAAAAAAGCAAAUAUCCCCAUCAUGGACACUGGUGAAAACCCAGAGGUGCCUUUUCCACGUGACAUGAUUGACUUGGAGGCAAACUUUGAGAAAAUUGAAAAUGAGCUUAAAGAAAUCAACACCAACCAGGAGGCUCUGAAAAGAAACUUCUUGGAGCUGACAGAAUUAAAGUUUAUACUGCGUAAAACUCAGCAGUUUUUUGAUGAGGCUGAAUUGCAUCAUCAGCAGAUGGCGGAUCCAGACUUGUUGGAGGAAUCCUCUUCACUCCUGGAACCAAGUGAGAUGGGAAGAGGAGCCCCGCUGCGACUCGGGUUUGUGGCCGGUGUGAUCAACCGGGAGCGAAUCCCCACCUUUGAGCGGAUGCUGUGGAGGGUGUGCCGAGGGAACGUGUUCCUGCGCCAGGCAGAAAUUGAGAACCCCCUGGAGGAUCCUGUGACGGGGGAUUAUGUGCACAAGUCAGUGUUUAUCAUAUUCUUCCAAGGUGACCAGCUGAAGAACAGAGUCAAGAAGAUCUGUGAAGGGUUCCGUGCCUCCCUCUACCCAUGCCCAGAGACACCCCAGGAACGGAAGGAAAUGGCUUCUGGUGUCAAUACCAGAAUUGAUGAUCUUCAGAUGGUGCUGAACCAAACAGAGGAUCAUCGCCAGAGGGUUUUGCAGGCAGCUGCUAAAAACAUCCGGGUCUGGUUCAUCAAAGUGAGGAAGAUGAAGGCCAUCUACCACACCCUGAACCUCUGCAACAUCGAUGUGACACAGAAGUGCUUGAUUGCUGAAGUCUGGUGUCCUGUUGCUGACCUCGAUUCCAUCCAGUUUGCUCUCAGGAGAGGCACUGAGCACAGUGGAUCCACUGUUCCAUCUAUUUUAAACAGGAUGCAAACCAACCAGACCCCACCAACAUACAACAAAACUAACAAGUUUACUUGUGGCUUUCAAAACAUUGUUGAUGCUUAUGGCAUUGGAACAUACAGGGAAAUAAAUCCAGCACCAUAUACCAUCAUUACCUUCCCAUUUCUAUUUGCUGUGAUGUUUGGAGAUUUUGGCCAUGGGAUCCUGAUGACUCUGAUUGCUGUCUGGAUGGUGCUCAGGGAAAGUCGUAUUCUGUCCCAGAAGAGUGACAAUGAGAUGUUCAACAUGGUUUUUAGUGGUCGAUACAUCAUUCUGCUGAUGGGGAUCUUUUCCACAUACACAGGCCUCAUCUACAACGACUGCUUCUCCAAAUCUCUCAAUCUCUUUGGUUCAUCCUGGAGUGUCCGUCCCAUGUUCUCACCACGAGGCAACUGGACAGAUGCCGUGGUUGAGACUACUCCUCUGCUGCAGCUGAACCCUGCUAUUGCAGGGGUGUUUGGGGGACCCUACCCCUUUGGCAUUGACCCGAUCUGGAACAUAGCCACCAAUAAACUGGCCUUCCUCAACUCAUUUAAGAUGAAAAUGUCUGUGAUUCUUGGCAUUAUCCACAUGCUCUUUGGUGUCACAUUGAGUCUGCUCAACCACAUCUAUUUUAAGAAGCCACUGAACAUAUACCUUGGAUUUAUUCCAGAAAUGAUUUUCAUGUCAUCACUGUUUGGAUACCUUGUUAUUCUCAUUUUCUAUAAGUGGACAGCCUAUGAUGCUCACACGUCCAAGGAGGCACCAAGCCUUUUAAUACACUUUAUCAACAUGUUUCUGUUCUCCUAUAGUGAUACCAGCAAUAAGAUGCUUUAUAAAGGGCAGGCAGGGUUCCAGUGCUUCCUGGUGGUGGUGGCAUUGCUGUGUGUGCCAUGGAUGCUGGUAGCCAAACCCCUGGUUCUACGCCAUCAGUAUUUGAGGAGAAAGCACUUGGAAGGGCAGCCCGUGGAGGCCCAGGUCAGCACAGUCCCGAACGAGCAGGCACUAGAGGCAGCAGCGCCUGCAACAGGAACACACAACUUUGGUGGGAUCCGGGUGGGCAAUGGACCAACUGAGGAAGAUGCUGAGAUCAUCCAGCAUGACCAACUGUCCACCCAUUCCGAGGAGGGGGAGGAGUUUGACUUUGGUGACACCGUGGUGUACCAGGCCAUCCACACCAUCGAGUACUGCCUGGGCUGCAUUUCCAACACUGCCUCCUACUUGAGGCUCUGGGCUCUCAGCUUAGCCCAUGCACAGCUCUCGGAGGUGCUCUGGACCAUGGUGAUCCACAUUGGCCUCAGCGUGAGGAGUCUGGGUGGAGCCUUUGUCCUCUUCUUUGUCUUCGCUGCUUUUGCUACCCUGACAGUAGCAAUUCUCCUGAUCAUGGAGGGGCUCUCUGCUUUCCUCCAUGCCCUUCGUUUGCACUGGAUUGAGUUCCAGAACAAGUUCUACACUGGCACUGGAUUCAAGUUUCUCCCUUUCUCCUUUGAUACAAUCCGUGAGGGGAGGUUUGAUGAAUAAGAGGUCCCCUCUUGAGCAGUCCUAAGCUCUGUUUAAGCUGUGUUUAGCCCUCUCCCCCUGUGUGAGUUGCAUGUAAUCCUCCCAUAUUGAAAAUAACUUAUUGCAGCCCCCUCGAGUCUUACAGUGGCAUUUCCAAGCCAAGAGCUUUGAUGCUCUCAGCUCACAAGUGACACUGGAUCAAAAAGCCUUUUUGUGUCCCCUAAGUUUAUCUUCAUGUCCCCUAAGUUUACCCCUGAAGAUACCAAGUGCAUGAGGUGUCUGAGUGUGGUGUGUAAUCGUGUCUUUCCUGCGCUGUGGAUUCCCUGGCAGGCUCAUCAGGGCAGGAUGAGGAAUGCAGCUAUGGCUGAGCGGGCACAGCACACGGAGAAAAUGUGUGACAGCAGCACCAGCAGCAGUGGCGUGGGCUGCCACGUGUGCUGAGGACCCUGGUGAGACCCAGAGACUGGGUUCUGCAGCCCCAUGGCAGCAGAGUUUCAGUUGUGUUUCCCCAUGUGGCUGUUGCUUUUUCUUCCGUGCAAGAUGUGAGUGAGUUGUUGCCCUCCUCAGCUCCGUGUAGCAGUGGUGUGUGUGGGUGUUAGUGCUGUGUGGGUGUUAGUUGUGUAGCUGUUGUCACAGUGGAUCUGAAGUUUUUGUGUAUUAAUGAAACAGAACAAAAAUGAGAACCAUUGUAACCCGGAUUUGAAAUGCUGGGCCGUGCAGGGAUGGUUAAAAUCACAUGAGAAAGAGUUGUGUGCAUGGCACGGGGGAUCCUUGUGCUCUGUGUGGGUCUUCUGCGUGUGCAAGCACUCGUGGCUGUGGGUUUACAUUGGGCAGAGCAGGAGACAGAAUCAGAACCUGUCUGCAGCAGAGCAGUGACCCCCGUCCUGCUGCCCGGGUGAAACGCAUUGCUGACAGUCUGUAUAAAUUAAAGGAAUUGCAAAA